CUCUCUCUUCUUUCUCUCUCUAUGGCUUAUUUUGACGACCUUUUUUGCUUAAAAUCCAUGUCUGUGACUUUGGGGCUCUUGUUCUUUUCCUUCACUGCCAUUUUCUCCCUUUUCUCUUUCCUAAUCUUUGUCUUGAGGCUCAAACCGUGGUGUAACUGCGAAGUCUGUCGGAGUUUCUUGACAUCGUCAUGGACCUCGGAGUUCGGGAACCUCUGCGAUUGGUACACCCAUCUUCUCCGAAAAUCCCCGACCGGGACGAUCCACGUCCACGUCCUCGGCAACACCAUAACGGCCAAUCCGGAGAACGUCGAGUACAUGCUCAAAACCCGAUUCGAAAACUACCCGAAGGGAAAGCCGUUUUCGAUGAUCCUCGGCGAUCUUUUGGGCCGAGGGAUUUUCAACGUCGACGGAGAUUCGUGGCGGUUCCAGCGCAAAACGGCCAGCUUGGAGCUCGGGAGUACCUCGGUGAGAUCCUACGCUUUCGAAAUCAUUAAGACCGAGAUCAAAUCGAGGCUGAUUCCGUUACUAGCUUCGGUUUCGGGGAAGAAGGAGCAAGAAGGCGGGGUUUUGGAUUUGCAGGACGUUCUCCGGCGAUUCUCGUUCGACAACAUUUGCAAAUUCUCGUUCGGGUUGGACCCGGGUGGUCUCCGCCUUUCGCUGCCGAUGUCCGAGUUCGCCGCCGCUUUCGAUCUCGCCUCGAAGCUCUCGGCGGAGCGGGCGACGUCGGCGUCGCCGUUGAUAUGGAAGGUGAAGCGGCUGCUGGGGAUUGGGUCGGAGAGGAAGCUGAGGGAGUCGGUUAAGAUGGUGGACAAUUUGGCGGCGGAGAUGAUACGAAGCCGCCGUGAAAAGGGGUUUUCCGAUAGGCAAGACCUUCUGUCGCGGUUCAUGGCGUCCGUUGACGACGACCGAUAUCUCCGCGACAUCGUCGUCAGCUUCCUUUUGGCCGGAAGGGACACGGUGUCGUCGGCACUAACAAGCUUUUUCUAUUUAAUUUCGCAGCACCCGGAAGUGGAACAAAAGAUCCGAGAGGAGUCGGAUCGGGUCAUGGGUUCGGGUUCCGACGAGGUCCCCGAUUUCGGCGAAAUGGGAGAAAUGCAUUAUUUGCAUGCUGCCAUCCAUGAGAGCAUGAGGCUCUACCCGCCCGUACAGUUUGACUCCAAGUUCUGCCAAGAGGACGAUGUUCUGCCUGAUGGGGCGCUAGUACGGAAAGGAACAAGGGUUACUUUCCACCCGUACGCAAUGGGGCGGAUGGAGCAGAUAUGGGGCCCCGACUGCCUCGAGUUCAAGCCCGAGAGGUGGUUUAAAAACGGGGUUUUCGCCCCGGUUUGCCUGUUCAAGUACCCGGUUUUUCAAGCCGGGCGUAGGAUUUGUUUGGGUAGGGAAAUGGCAGUAAUGGAGAUGAAAUCCGUCGCCCAUACGCUAAUCAAACGGUUCAAUAUUCGGGUUUUUGGGCCCCACCAAGAACCGCGGUUUGCCGCUGGCCUCACCGCCACCGUGAGAGGCGGUCUGCCGGUUCGUAUCCAAGAAAGAAGCUAGUUUGAUUUCACAAUUUGUUAGCUCACCCAAUGUUAGUUCAUCAUGUAUAGAAUACACAUACAGUGAGACCCAAAAUUUUCCCAUUUGUAGCAGAGAAAUGUUGACCCGAAUUAAUUAGGUAUCGUUCAUUUCACUUA